AUGACUCAAGAGAAUUUAAAUGCAAGUUUAAUUUUAAAACAAAUUGACCUCUUUGAUCCUCUGAUGGUAGACUGGGUCAUCGUAACAUUAAAUUUAAUCUCUGGAGAAGUUAUUGGCCUUGUUGGGAUCAUAGCCAACGCCGUUACGAUUGUGGUCUUCUGCAAACUAGGAUUUUAUGACAGUGUGGACGUGACCUUGACCGCCCUGGCCAUCAGCGACAUCGGGUCCUUGGUCUCGCUCCAGUUUUACAAUAUUAUGACCAAUCCGUGGAUAUCGUCUGUCCAGCUUCCUUUUGAAGCGUCAGAGGUAGUUGUCCUGAUGUCCAUGUAUCCCCACGUCUAUUUUAUCAGGGUCAGUGGCCUCAUCACAGCUUUCGCCGCCCUUGAAAGGUGCGUCUGCGUGGUCCUGCCUCUGAAGGUGAAAACCAUUUUCAGCUGUAAAAGAUCAAUUCUUAUUAUUUUGAUUAUAUUCUUGAUAUCAAUUUCGAACGUGGUGGCGCCUUACUACUUUUUCUACUUUGACUGGAUUUUCUCCCCGGAAAGAAAUUCGACUAUUCUAAGGAUGAAUCUACGAGAAAAUUGGCAUUCAGGAAUCGGCCUUUCCUUCAUGAUUAACGAUGUAUUCAUCCAAUAUUCGACAUUUGCUGUUCUGAUAACUUGCACUGUUAUUACUAGUGUCAACCUUAACAAAAACGCCGCCUGGAAAAAGUCGAUUUCCAAGGGUGACCGCCAAAAUGUCGAAACCAAAAUUUCUCCCAAGGAAGUGAAAGUGGCCAGGAUGCUGUCCCUUGUCUCAGUGACCUUUGUCGUCUGUCUCCUGCCCCUGUCUGCAACCAUAACAGCUGUAGGUGUGGUCAAAGACAUGACAGUAGGUGGACCUUACUUUCAAGUAGCCAGGAUAUGUAACAGCGUUUCAUUCUUGACUGAGACGGUGUCAUCCAGUAUGAAUGGUUUCAUUUACUACAAAAUGAGUUCCAAGUACAGAAAAACUUGUAAAAUGUUAUUUGUUAGGGGCUCAUAA